AUACCCUCUACAUCAAUUGUUGCCGGAAGAGAGAGAGACAGACGGCAGAGUGAAGUAGUACAGCGUAAUUCUGAAGUAACGAAGCAAAGAAAGAGGGAAAAAGGUUGAGCGAAAGAGAGAGAAGCAGAGAGAUGAGAUAUAAUUUCGAUUUACAGGAAACCGAAGCAGAGGAGGGGCAAACCCUAAUGCCUACAUCAUCACCAUCAUCAUCCUCAACGCCUACUGAUGAACUGAAAUGGCUUCCUCUCCAGAACCACCCCGUCUUCUCCACCGCCGUGGACGGUGGUGGCUCUUCCUCCUCCUCCUCCUCCUCCUCAUUCCCAAUGCCCAAAAAUCUGAUGGCAUGGGACGGAGCCUCUCGCCUUUACUUCUGGGACUCCGUUAAGCAAUGCCUCCAUCGGAUCUCCAUUCGCUUAGCUGACCCCGACCCCUCCUCCAUCCUCGCAGCUUCCCCAUCUAAGGUAAUGCAACCAGAUGUGCAGCUCACUUUUGUGGUUAAUAAGAUCUCCAUCAAUAAAAGUGGAUCAGCACUACUGCUAGUUGGAUCAGAUGGUCUAUCCGUCAUGUACCUCUAUGGGCGUACUUCUACGAAAGAUGGUAGUACUAUUUGCAGGACUGUUUCAAUAGGCUCACAAAUUUAUUUCAUUGGCAACAAUGUGAUACGAACAUUACAGAUUUCAUGGCACCCUUACAGUGACACCCAUGUGGGAAUAUAUUGGUGUUUGUUGGUAUUUAUACUUUUUGAUUUGUCUUCAGCUCUUGGGCAACCCGAGCAGGAAUAUUAUUUACAGCCUGUGGAACCAGGGAGAACUUUCUGUAUGAUUCUGAAGUCAAUCUGCCCUGUUGAUUUUUCUUUUGGAGGUGACCAUUUAUGGGACAGAUUUAGUGUUUUUGUCCUAUUCAGUGACGGUUCAGUUUACAUCCUUUGCCCAGUCGUUCCUUUUGGAAGUGUGUAUAAAUGGGAAUCUAUAUUGGAGAUAUAUGGUGAUGCUCAAACAUUUGGGCUGAAAUCUGCCAAUUCAAGGAUGUUGGUUAGUAAUUCUAAUAUGGCGAUCUCUUGGUUGGAAGCAACAUUUCCCGAGUUAACUCACCAGGCAACAGGAGGAGGAAAUCUAUCUGCACUUAAAGCUCAGCCAUAUGCUUUAUUUGAUGCAUCCAUUUCAUUGCAGGGUCCUCUCCCUAAAGUAUGUCAUGAUGGUGAACAAGGUUCAGAAGUGCGUGUUGCAGAGUUUGAAGGGCGGGCAGUCAGUUUACUGUAUAAUUCAAUCAGCAAAGAUUCAAUUCUGGUGACUGCAUGGAGUGGUGGACAAUUGCAGAUAGAUGCUUUAGCUGAUGAAAUACAGCCAGUCUGGGUUGUUGGUAGCCCACCUCGUCUUUGUGUUGAUUCUUGUGACCGGAUUGUUGGUGUUGCUAUGAUAUGUGAAUCAAUCCCUGGUGACCACUCCAUUGUGAAGCUUGACCAGCCACCUGAUCAUACUGUGUGGUCAGGAUAUCCUCCCCCUUUGUUGAGGUUGGCAAUGGUGGAUUUAGCUCUGCCUAGAAACAGAGAGAGUAGUUCUCCUAUUUCAAUGUUUGUUGAUCCUCUUAUCCCAGAAAGAAUAUAUACCUUCCAUGAUGGAGGGAUAGAUUCCAUAGUGUUGCAUUUUCUCCCUUUUACAAGUCAGACAAGUGGCAAAGAUGAAAGCAUGAGAACUCCCUCUGUGCAUCCUGUUCUUAGUACAUGCCAGGGAGAAUCCUCAUCCCCUCUUUUUGGUUUCAUGGCAUUGUCUGAUUCAUUUGGAUAUUCAUGGAUUGUCGGGCUGACCUCUUGGGAGUGCAUUGUGCUUGAGGUGAAAAGUUGGGAUCUGUUGCUUCCCAUUCAUGUUGAAAUGGAGAAGCAAGCCACAACCUUGGAAGAAUCAAGAGACACAGACACUCCAGCUAUUAUAAGCAAAGAACUCCUUGGUGGCCCUAAGGUGGUUCUUCCUCCAUCAUCGAAUCUACGCUCUGUUACAGCUGAUUCUAUUGAAGGUCGAUCAGCUCUUCAUCAGUACUUCAAGCUUUUUCAUGAAAAUUAUGUGGAGUAUGCACACAAGGUGUACUUUGAACUCAAGCAUCAUGGGCCUCAAUUGAAGAAAAUCAUUGAAGACCAGCACGGUCGUUUGCGUGAGGCACAACAAAAGCUUUUGAAAAUUGAGGAGAAACAGGAAAUAAUAGAAAACCGCAUUAGUCAUGCAACUCAGAUGCACAGUCACUUCGAAGAACGUUUGCGAAGGUUGAGAAAGUUGCCGGGGGUGCAGAAGAAACCAUUGUCAAAAGCAGAGAGAGAGUUCAAGUCGGAACUGGACAGGUUUACUGGAGUGGAGUUGGGCGCUUUACAUUCUUCCAUCGAAACUUUGAAUGUGAGGUUGAAAAGAUACACACGUUCUCCACAGGGCGAUGUGUUGAACCAACAGAGGCAACUAUCAGGUAGAAGGAAGAAUUAUGUCCAAGAUGACCAAAUCUCUCAACUCAAAUCUUCAGUGGCCAAACUUUCACUUGUCAACAGCGAGAAUACAAAAAAGGUUAAACUUCUUGAAUCUUCAUUGAGCCGCCGUGAAAGCGACAGCUGAUGUAACUGCAUUUCUGGUUGGGUACUGUGGCUGAAUUUUCAAGCUACAUGUCAAUUUCACAUCUGUUUGAGUUUUGGACAAAUGAAAAUCUAACAAAUACCCCUUAGAAGUCAAGGGGUAGAUGCUCAUGUCUCGUGCUAAAGAACUUGUACGUAUGUGUCUUCAUUCAAGAACAGCUUUAGACUAAGAAAUAGAUGUAGUUGGGACAAGCCUUUCAUGUGCAACUUAUGACACUUGACCUUACAUAUCACAGUUUUCAACCUAGUUUUUAUUCUGUGAAGGGCAGACCCGAGGCUACAUAGUUUGAUUUAAUUCAACUUUGACAGCUGUUCCGAAUGCGAUCUGAGGUCUUAGGCAUUGACUAUACCCAGCAUCACAGCUGAAUCGUAAACCUUUGUGCUAAGUGUCUUAAAAGGUGAUCUGUAUGGGGUCCAAAUUUUUACUAGUCAAAAUGUUCAGUUCAAUCACUUUUCUUGGUUUGCUAAUUGAAUUAUGAGUAAUACUCCGAACCUAGACUUAUCAA